AUGGACGAUACCGUACAUGUAACCCAGCUGUUGGAAGAGGCCACGCCCAAAUUGUGGACGAAGCGCAUGUUUCGUCUUUAUGGCAUCCUGUUGCUUGGAUAUCUUUGCAUUGUUCUGCAGGGAUACGAUGGUUCCCUGAUGGGUGCCAUCAAUGCAAUGCCGCAAUAUCAGCAGUUCUUUGGAUUGAAAUCUGCUGGAUCGUCCACAGGGUUGGUUUUCGCCAUAUUCAAUAUUGGAAGUCUCUCUGCUCUCCCGUUUGCAGGGCCAAUCAAUGACUACUGCGGCCGACGAUGGGGGAUAAUGGUGGGAUGCGGACUGGUACUCGUGGGAACGUGCAUUCAAGCCCCAGCACUCAAUUCACGAAUGUUCCUUGGAGGUCGUUUCCUCUGUGGAUUUGGUCAGGGCUUCGUCAACGUUUCUGCUCCAACCUUUGUUGCCGAAAUGGCCCAUCCCCAUUGGCGUGGUCCGCUUUCUGGUUUGAUGCAGACAAACUACUUUGUCGGGUCCAUUAUAGCUAGCUGGGUUACGUAUGGGACAGCAUUCAUCAAUGGAGAAGGGUCCUUCCGAAUCCCACUGUGGCUCCAGAUGGUCAGCUCGGGAAUAGUCUUUUUUGGCAUCAUGUUCAGUCCCGAGACGCCUCGUUGGCUCAUGGCCCACGGCAAAGCCACGCAGGCCGAGCAAGUUCUGGCAGAACUGCAUGGUGAGGGCUCCGUCGACAACCCCUUUGUCAAGCUCCAAAUGGCCGAAAUGAACUCACAAAUCGGCCAUGACGGUUCUGAUAAGCGUUGGUGGGACUACAGAGACUUAUUCAACACUCACGCCGCCAGGAGACGCAUGAUAUGUGUGGCGGGCAUGUCAUGGUUUGGCCAAUAUUCGGGUAAUGCUCUCGUCAGCUACUACUUUCCCGUCAUUGUAGCUCAGACCGGCAUCACGAACCCGCACACUCAGCUGCUUCUCAAUGCGCUGAACCCGGUUGUUUCUUGGUUUGCUGCAAUUUCCGGCGCCAUGCUUCUCGACAGAGUUGGACGCCGUCCCCUGCUUCUUGGCGGUGUAUUUGGAAUGGCAGUCUGCUUGACUGUAGUCACUGGGUGUACUAAGCUCUCUGUCGAGACAGCCAACAAAGCGGCGGGCAAUGCGGGCAUCUUCUUUAUCUACUUGUUCAGUGUCAUCUUUUCCAUCGGACUGGUACCUCUUCUUCCCUUCUACAUUGCGGAAACGCUUCCAACAGAGACCCGAGCCAAAGGCACAGCCGUUGGAGCCGUCGUCUCCUCCUCCGCAUCUAUCCUGGGACAAUACACAAGUGCGGUUGCUAUUGAGAAGAUUGGGUACUACUACUACAUUGUGUUUAUCGUCUGGGACCUUAUCGAGUGUUUAAUAAUCUACUUUUUCUUUGUGGAAACGAAGAACCGCACCCUGGAAGAGAUGAAUGAGAUUUUUGCCUCCCCAAAUCCGGUCAAAGCCUCCCUGAAGAAACGAAACACGGCCGAGGUGGUCCAGGAGACGAUUAAGGGUGUUGACUAG